UAGUGCUAGUAAUGAUAAUUCUAUAUUAUUAUCACUAAACGCACAAUUGAGAAUGAGAUCCGUUGAUCUAUGCCUUAAUACAACAAGACAAUAUCUUAAUCUGGUUCAGAAAGGGCACACAAAGAUGGGGGUGAGUAGCCUUCUGGCUAAGAGUUUAGGUAAAGGCCCAUGGCAUGCGCGGUGUAUUCAUGUCUGGGCAAAUCAAUGGAAGAAUAGCAAAGAAUUAUAUUUGGAGGAAAAUAAAUUUAAAUUGGCUAUUCCAGAAUUUAUAAGCCACAUGGCUAAAAUUACUUGGAUGAAAAUACCAAACCCAUUCAAAAAAAUCUAUUUUGAUGGUCACGAACGUGAAGAUGUGGUGAAAUCCAGAAAUCAUUUUCUCCAAAAGAUGGCUGAAUUACGAAAACAAAUAGCCUUAUACGAAGGUGUAGGAUUAAACCGUAUCCCGCUAGAACUUUAUCCUGAAAUAGUUCUUGUUGCCCAAGACGAAACCACUCUUUAUUCAAAUGAUAGUGUGAAGAAGUAUUGGAGCCCGUGGAAUAAAUAUAGCCUACGGAAAAAAUCACUAGUAAGAAUCAGAAUUAGUUUACAUUCUUUA